AUGAAAGAUGCUUUUGAAACAUUUAUUAAUAAAAGACCUAACAAACCAGCUGAGCUUCUAGCAAAGUAUGUGGAUUCAAAACUUCGCACAGGUAACAAAGGAGCUACGGAUGAAGAACUUGAAGAAUUAUUAGCUAAAGUGGUAAUUUUAUUUAGGUUUAUUCAUGACAAAGAUGUUUUUGAAGCCUUCUACAAAAAAGAUUUAGCAAAACGUCUCUUACUUGAUAAGAGUGCUUCAGUUGAUGCAGAAAAGUCAAUGCUGUGCAAACUUAAACAAGAAUGUGGAACUGCUUUCACUAAUAAACUUCAAGGAAUGUUUAAAGAUAUGGAGCUUUCCAAAGAUAUCAUGAUUCAGUUAAAACAGUAUAUGAAGAACCAAAAUAUACCAGGAAACAUUGAUUUUACUGUGAACAUUCUGACGAUGAGUUUUUGGCCAGCCUACAUCCCUAAGGAGAUCCACUUACCCCCAGAUAUGGAAAGACUUCAGAAAAAUUUCAAGAAUUUCUACUUAAGCAAACACAGUGGCCGGAAACUUCAGUGGCAGUCCACUCUUGGACGUUGUGUUCUUAGAGCUGAAUUUAAAAAGGGCAAAAAAGAACUUCAGGUAACCCUUUUCCAAACAUUGGUGCUGUUGAUGUUUAAUGAAGGAAAUCGGUUCAGCUUAGAAGAAAUUAAGGUGGCUACUGGAGUAGAGGAUAGAGAACUUAGAAGAACUCUACAGUCAUUAGCUUGUGGCAGAGCUAGAGUUCUUAUCAAAACUCCCAAGGGCAGAGAUGUGGAAGAUGGUGAUGUAUUUUUUUGUAAUGAGGAAUUCAAACACAAACUCUUCAAGAUAAAGAUCAAUGAAAUCCAGAUGAAAGAAACGGUACUUUGUUUCUCACUUUAAUGUCACUUUAAUUUU